AAUGUUCUUUGUUUUGAAAUAUGUCCAGUCUGAAACUUGUGCAAAUGUUCCUUGUUUGUUCAUCAGAACCAUGGCUUCUGGAACAGCAUUGGUUUACGAUGAUGAAAUGACCAGCCAUAAACUACUUUGGGAGGACGCCAUCUGUGCCAUUGAAAUCCCAGAGAGGCUUUCUUCCUGCUACGAGAACCUCAAGCGCUACAAUCUGGUUGAACGAUGCCUGUCUGUACCUGUCCGAGAAGGAACGGAGGAUGAGAUCACAUUGGUGCACAGUCUGGAUUACUUGGAGAUCGUGAAAACUACUCAGAAAAUGAAUGAAGAAGAACUUCGAAAAGCCUCGGCUAAUUACGACGCUGUAUUCUUUCAUCCAACCACAUAUCGCUGUGCCAAGUUGGCUGUGGGAGCAACGCUGCAGCUGGUAGAUGCUGUGAUGUCAGGAACAACACGUAAUGGGAUGGCUUUAGUAAGGCCCCCAGGUCACCACAGCCAGAGGAGUGCCGCCAAUGGGUUUUGUGUGUUCAACAAUGUUGCUAUUGCAGCAAAAUACGCCCAAAGGAAAUACGGCCUACAGAGGGUUCUCAUUGUUGACUGGGAUGUGCAUCAUGGACAAGGAAUUCAAUAUAUAUUUGAGGAAGAUCCAAGUGUUCUUUAUUUUUCUUGGCAUCGGUUUGAACACCAGAGAUACUGGCCUUGCCUCAGAGAAUCCAAUUACGAUGCAGUUGGUCGGGGGAAAGGAAUGGGAUUCAAUAUAAAUGUACCUUGGAAUAAGACUGGGAUGAAAAACUCUGAUUAUUUAGCUGUAUUUCUUCACGUGUUGCUCCCGGUGGCAUUUGAGUUUGAUCCAGAGGUUGUUCUGGUCUCUGCUGGUUAUGAUUCUGGAAUCGGUGACCCAGAAGGUCAGAUGAGCGCUACACCAGAAUGUUUUGCCCAUCUUACUCAUUUCCUAAUGCAUUUAGCCAAAGGAAAAUUGUGUGUGGUCCUUGAGGGUGGAUAUCAUUUGCGGUCACUGUCUGAAUCUGUUUGCAUGACUAUAAAAACUUUGCUUGGAGAUCCUUUACCCUCUUUGUCUGGAGAAAUGAAACCAUGCUUAAGUGCAGUUGAGUCCAUACACGAUGUUAGAGCUGCACAUAAGUCCUACUGGAAAUGUUUGUCACAUGAAGACCUGACUCCCUUGAAAAAUCUCAGCACCAAAUCGUGUCAGCUGGAGCAAGGAGAGGCAGUUCUAACUGGCGCACCACUUGUGAGUCAGCAGGAAGCUGGAAAGGCAAACAGUGAUGAAGCCACUAAAACGGAUAAGUUUUUGGAACUGCAUAUGAAAGAAAUCCUGACUGUGGAACCUCCUGUUAAAACAGCAGUAGCUGUUCCUGAAAGGAAUGUCAACCUUCUGCCAUCAUCUGUCCAGAAUGAAAAGAAUGAGGACAUAGAAGAGCUGAACGCCAUAGUCCGUGAGUUUGUGAAAGAAGAAAAAGCCUUAAAUGCACUGGGGAACAUGUUGGCUAUCCUUGAAAAAAUAGUCAAAAAAAAGGUGACCAGUGGGCUUGUAGUAUCCCAAGAAGCUUCUGUUUCUUCUGCUCUUGCUCUAAAACACUGCCAUAACCUGAGGCUCCAAAAAGUCCUGUGCAUAUUUAUUGGUGACAUGGAUAUGAAAAUUGAUUUGGAUGAUGGAAAAGUCCUCUUGAUGAAUAUUUGUGGUAAACCAUCUGAGCAAGCUAACACCAAAUACAAUGUUUCUCUAAACUGGAAAGAGGAUGCUGAAAAAAGCACUUUCUCCUCUGCGCUUUUUGGAUUCAUCCUUCCGGUAGCGUAUAGCUAUCAGCCUGACCUAAUGGUUAUAGUGGUCGGAUCAAACCAGACUCUUGGCACAAAUGGGAUUUCCAUGCUUAUGAGCUUACUGCAAGGGUUAGCCCAGUCUCGAAUUCUAGCUCUGAUCCAGGAUACAGAGGUGCAACUUUUGGAAAAUAUAACUAAGCCCUUGAUGGGUGACAUUACACCUGGCUUUGGAACCUGUACACCAGCUUUACAAGAGAAUAUGCAAAUGGUAAAAAAAUUACAAGAGCAACUUCAGCAAGAAUGGAAAAUGCUUCAAUGUUCAGUAAAAGUCUCUCUGACUGAAAGAUGA